GAUAUAUUGCAGGGACGUACAUGGACAUCCUGUAAAAAAUUAUCGCUGGGAAAAUCUGCUCAAUAAUGGAUACCUCGGAUAUUUACUAUGACGGUGGGCGCUUCCAACUGCAGUCACCGGAAGAAUAUGACUACAACCCGCCCUCCUGCCGCUACAGCGGUGACACGGAGCAGGUACGGAUCCCCAUGCCCCCUUGUGCCUCUGUCGAGCACCGGAGCAAGGGAACUUUACUGCCCUACGAUCUACCUCCCUGUCAGUACUCGAGGCCUGUUCAGACACAGACCCAGGAACAGGAAUACCUGACAGGUCAGGGUCGUGUACCGAACGACUACCAUCCAGGAGACAGCCCAGUGGUGGAGGGAGAGUCCCCGGCACAAGUGCCAUUCCCCUGGAUGAGGAGCUCCAGAGUUCACUCAUACCAAUCACUCCCAGGUGGUUAUUCCCAGAACGGGGACGAAUACAAGCGGAGCCGAACCGCRUAUAGCCGGGCUCAGUUAUUGGAGCUGGAGAAGGAGUUCCUCUUUAACAAGUAUAUAUCCAGGCCCCGCAGAUAUGAACUAGCCACCACACUUAAACUGACAGAGAGACACAUCAAAAUCUGGUUCCAGAACCGGCGGAUGAAGUGGAAAAAAGAAGAAACGAAAAAACGAAGACUCUCUGACCACCAUGAACCGGAGUCUUCCAAUAAGGAUUGAUAAAACGUUAGGAUAGCAUCAUAUGACCCUGGGUUUGAAAUCCAGAUAAUUUGUUGCACGUGUCUAUAAAAUGAUAGGCCUAUAUGUGCUUAAACUUUAUAGCCUACGUUAGGCCUAUGCUGUGGCUGGAGGGACAGUUUACAAUUUGAAUUUGCGAGCUAUUCAAUUCUUUGUCUUGUGCGUAUAUAGAAUGUUGAUACAUUUGCGACUAAUUCAAUUAUUUGUCAUGUGCAUAUCUAACAUUUUGUUAAAAAUGGCUCAAUUUUAAAUGACUGAAAAUAUCUGGAAUUUUAAUUAAAAUGGAUAAGAGCAUCCAUUUACUUCAGAAUGUAUUGUCUAAUUUAUUUUAGAUACACAAUAGUUGCCAUUGGAAAUUUCCAGCCCACUGGAAAUGAUUGACCUGAUCUCUGCGUUUUAAACGCAUGUUAUGAUAACAGAGCAUACAUUAAUUAAUUAGAGGCCUACAUGCAGACUAUGUAUCAAUGAAUGACAGUGUCGAAUAACUGAAAAGAUACCAAUAAGCUAUAAGUAGCCAAUAAUAUGAUUAAGAAAUGUCUUACCUUUAGCCUACUUAAUAUGCAGAUUAAUUAACAAUGCUUAUAAUUUUCCUCCUUGUUCCACAUAUAGCCUGUGUGAUAGGCUAUAACUAACACACGAGGCAUUUUGCCAGCAGAAUGGUUGGUCUCAUAAGUCUAAAAGGCACCUGCAAAGGGUUUAUCUUAUGGGCGUCACGACCCGUAAUUUGUGGACAAAUGAUUUAUGAGUGGUUAAGAUAUGAUUUCGCUUUACAAUUGCAGGCCAACGUUUACAAAACUUAAAGAUAACAAAAUACCUUUUGAAAAUGAGGAACAAUGCAUAUGGCAACAUGUUCUCUUUCAGGGCACUGUUGGUUACCUAACUCAGAGAAAGUAAAAAUAAGAAAAAGGGAUGAUGGCAAAUACAAAUAGAAUGACUUUUGCCCCCCAGGUUUGAGCAAACAAUUAAGUCACUGUGUCAUUUCCGCUGGUCGUGCAAAUGCAGGUCGCCCGCCCAGCAACACUCAUCAACAGACAUCAACACACCUGAGCGAGGUGAAGUUAGACCUAUAGGCGUCGGAUAAAUAGCCUACAGGGUACUUUUUGCAAAGUCUGUGCUGUUUGUGAAACAUCAAUGUUGGCUGAUAUG